AUGGCGGCCAAGACACAUUGGUUCAUAUCGCUAUGGUUUGCGAUCUCAAUCCCAAUCAUCUUUUGGGAUGCUGGAUACUGCUUCAUGCGGCCGCGGUCCAUGGAAGGUGGUGACCUACACUGGAUCUGGAAGCCCUAUGCGCUAUACCAGAAAGUUGACCACAUCUACGGCGUGAAAGCCUUGGAGGAGGGCGAUGGCUUCACCAAUGCUCAAUCUCUAUUGAACAUCGUUGAAAACUUCAUGAACAUCGCCUACCUAUACCUGGCGCACGUCAAGGGCACGCCUGCCGCGUCCUUGCUAGGCUUCGCGAGUGCCAUCAUGACCCUUUCGAAGACAGCCCUCUACUUCCUCCAGGAGCACUACUGCGGCUACUGCUCCAUCGGUCACAACACGGUACACGACCUGAUUUUCCUCUGGAUCAUUCCGAACGGAUUUUGGCUUCUCCUGCCUACUAUCAUCAUCUGGCAGUUCGCCAAGGACAUCACCUCUGCGCUGCACGUUGCAGAGCGCGUCAGCAAGAAAGAGGCUUCGGGCAAGAAGUUGUGA